AUGACUCAUAAAUAUUCUCGAUCUCCACUAUCACUAUCAAGUAUUCGGAGUACUACUACCAUCUCCGAAUCUAUUUCUAUUAUAUCACAAAAAACAUCUUCAGAUGCGCACAAACAGCGACAACAAACAAUUAUAAAUACACCGAUUCAUAAACGUAACAAACCAUCACAAUUUCAUUUCGAUCGAUUGAAACAGAAGAAUAAUAUCCUUGUCAUAGAUCCAUUCAACAAACAAUCUUAUAUAAGACGACGAAAACCAUUUAAAAGAUUUUUCAGACAAGAAGAUAAUGACAGACAACAAUUUAAUAAUGCUGCUUAUUGUGUUGCCUAUUGUACAAUUAUUAUUAUCGGUAAGAAAAUAAAAGGUAUAACAAUGGGUGGUUGGAUUGGUGGUCUUUUCGAAUUAAUUUCUAGUGGUCAUAAUGGUUGUAAUAAUGAACAUCGUGGUCAUUUGAAAUGUCGAGCCAAAUAUACAUCUUUAAAUGUGACUACUCAUUGUAUAAAUAUAUUCUAUAAAAAUUCAAUUCUACAUAAUUAUCCAUUUAUUUGUCUAUGUCGUUUUCUUAAUAAUUCUCAAGGAAAAUAUCGUGAUUGUGAAUUUCUUCAUGCAAACAUACAAUAUAUUUAA